AUGGAAUCCACCAACCGUCCAUUUCCGUUCGAGCGAGGGUCGCCUAACCGAAGAUCUCCGCCGCCGCUCGCAGUCGCCGCCGAGAAUGUCUCGCCCAUCGAUGUGACAAUGUUCGCAUGGCUCAAAUCACCACCUGGUGCUGCGUCUGCCGCACCACUUACCAGCACAAGGUCAGCGGAUUAUCAUCCCAUCACGCCACAGCGAGUAACCGCGCCCAAGGGAGUGCCCGGGGUAGGGUCGAAGUCUGCAGAGCAUCCCGGAAUGUCGGCGGAUGUCACGCCCACCCCCGUUCCCGUGGUCCUCCCAAUUUUGCCAGAGGACAAACUCCCAAGUUCUAGGCCAAGAAAAAAACGUCGACAACGCAAGAUCAAGCCCAGUUAUAGCCCCUCCACAAUCUGGGUAGGUAUCGCGAAAGGUUUAGGUAGUAACGAGCAUCUACUGGACCUUCUGAAGCACUAUCGAGAUGAAGGGAGGGAUGCCGCUUCAAAGAAGGAGAUUGAAGAUUGGCUCCGUAGCCAUAUACCGGGGGCUUCCCUGGUUGGGGGUCUUUUGAACGAGAGCAUCCGCAUCCUUUCGCAGGAGCAGGGAAAGACGGGCAAGAUCAUCAAAAAUCAGCAUUACUUCAAGAAAGUCAAGGCCGCACUCAAGUAUCGUGUGGAAUUCCUAGCGAGUGCUAGUGGAAUUGAGAGGGUGGGAGAUGGGGAUCACGUGGCCGCAGUGCAAAGUGACGGAGUAGAGAGAGGACCAGUUGUCAUUAGGUCGGCGAAGGAGGGGGGGCUUCAGGCUGUGAGAGACUGUGCGGAACUCCCGGGGAAUUUGAUAAUUGGGCCCAGUACUGCGGAUUCCAUUGAAACGACUGCGGGUGAGGACUGCAUCAUAAGCGAAGUGCACGUUGUGGUUCAAGGUUAA